AAAGAUGUGCGACGGCGCGCCGAAGGUAGCCGGAUGCAGCUGUUUCGCCGCCGCCGCCGUGUUUUGGCGGCAAACCGGCACGAAUGGCGGAUAAGCGUGGCGUGGCGUAAGUUCGGCGGUGCGGGCCACUCGUGAAUCGGAUAUAACAGUUCCUCGUCAUGUCAGGGAGCGUGCUCAAGUUCGCCAAGCUGUCGGAGAAGGCGUUCGCGCCGACCAAGGGCUCGGAAUACGCGGCGGGCUACGAUCUACGGAGCGCGUACAAGUACAUUGUGCCGGCCCGUGGCAGGGAGUUGGUCAAGACUGAUCUGCAAAUAGAAGUUCCUUUCGGUACGUACGGCAGGAUCGCCCCACGGUCCGGUUUAGCCUGGAAAAAUCACAUAGAUGUCGGCGCGGGCGUGAUAGAUGCGGAUUAUCGCGGCAACGUCGGCGUGAUACUGUUCAACCACAGUAGCGAGGACUUCGAGAUUGCGCCUGGCGACCGCAUAGCUCAGAUAAUAUGUGAGAAGAUCACGUAUCCGAUGAUAGAGGAGGUGGACACCUUGACUGACACGAGCAGGGGCGCGGAAGGAUUUGGCUCAACGGGCACCAAGUAGAGCGAAGAUUAAAGAUAAGCCUGGCUCACUCGGCCCUCAGACACUCGAUUGAUUUACAUAUUACACUUACUGAACCUACUUAUUACACAUUAAGCCUCUUUACAGCCGAUAUAAAUAAAAUGCAUUGAUAUUUUGGUAGAA